UUCCGCCACGGUGCCCGUCGAUCCUUCGCGCAUUAAACACACGAGGAUGAAAACGGUUGCGUUGUUCUUGGCGGCGGCGGCGUGCCUGGCUCAGGCCACACAGGUGCCGCAUCAUACUGCCACCAAGCAGUACCUGACCAAGCAGAAGAACAUCUACGAGCUCUUCUGGCACAUCGAUCAGCCGACCGUCUACCAUCCAGAGCUCUAUCAGAAGGCGCGGUCCUUCAGCAUUGAAGAUAACAUCUCUUCUUACAAGGACCAGACUAUUGUAACCGAAUUCCUGCAGCGAUGGAAGCACGGAAUGCUCCCACGAGGAGAAAUAUUCUCCUCGCUAUACCCUCUUCACAUGCAGGAGAUGGUCAGUCUGUUCCGCGUCUUUUACACCGCUAAGGACUUCGACACCUUCUACAACACAGCCGUGUGGGCGCGAUUCCACGUGAACGAGAACAUGUAUGUUUACGCGUUGGUUAACGCCGUGAUGCACCGCCAAGACACUCACGAUCUCCGUGUACCGCCCAUGUAUGAGAUCGUCCCGCACUUGUACUUCAACGAGGAUGUUUUACACAAGGCCUAUCACAUCGCGAUGGGUGACACGGGUAUUGUAGGUGUAAAGAAGACGACCAGCGGUGUCGAUAGCUACUACAUUCCCACCAACUACUCUGGCUGGUACGUAGUCAGGGAUAACGUGCCGGAACAACAGAAACUGAGCUACUUCACUGAAGACAUCGGCCUAAAUAGUUAUUACUUUAUGUCGUAUCACGACUUCCCGUGGUGGAUGAAGAGCGUCGAGUACAACAUGCCCCAGAACAUCCGCGGCGAACAGUACAUGUUCAACCACAAGCAGAUGCUCGCUCGUUAUUACGCGGAGAGACUAUCCAACAACAUGGGCGAGAUCGAUUGCGUCGACGUAACCAAACCUAUUCGAACCGGUUACUACCCGACAAUGCACCAUCACAACGGAGUGCCGUUCACUCAACGCCCUGUUGGUUCCGAGAUCCCUCUUCAUGAUCACUAUUACGUUCAGGCUCUGGAAGACUAUCACAUACGCAUCUCUGCGGCUAUCGACAAAGGCUACCUCAUUGACAAGCAUGAUAAACAUAUCCACAUCUACGACUCCGAGGAAGGCUUUAACCAUCUUUGCAACGCAAUCCACGGCAAUGACGAUUCAGUCAACACUGAAUACUACGGCAGCAUUGAAUACAUGUACAGAAAGAUCUUCGGCUUCGUACCAAAACCGGCCGAUAAGUACCACGUCGUGCCCAGCUCUCUGCAUUUCAGCAGCACUAGCAUGAGGGAUCCCGUGUUCUACGGAAUAUUCAAGAACAUUGUUAACUAUUGGAUGAGAUACAAGCAACACUUACCGAGCUACACGCACAAAGAACUCAUUUUCCCGGGUGUGAAGAUCGAGUCCGUCAAUGUUGACAAACUGAUGACCUUCUUUGAUCACCACGACUCGCUGAUCAACAACGCCGUGUCGGUGCAAAGCCACGAGAAAGCACAGUCCCUAUUGAUCAAAGCGCGUCAGUAUCGUCUCAAUCACAAGCCCUUCACCUACCACAUUACAGUAAACAGCGACAAGAACACGAAGGCGGUCGUUCGCAUCUUCUUCGCACCGAAAUACGACAUUCAUGGUCAUGAACUCGACAUAAGCGAGAACUACAUGAACUUCUAUGAGGUGGAUCAGUGGAUCGUUGACCUGAAAUCCGGCGUCAACAAAAUCGAGCGCAACAGCCACGAGUCGAUCUACGUCGUUCCGGACGAGAUCCCGAGCGAGGUUAUGUACAAGAAGAUCGUGAAGGCCAUCGAAGGUGAAGAAACCUUCACCUACCCAGAACAGAUGUACGGUUUCCCCGACCGCCUGAUACUUCCUAAAGGCAAGAAGGAAGGUUUCCCGCUCAAGAUGUUCGUCUGCGUGACGCCAUUCGACGAGACCAAGUCCUUCGAGAUCCAUUCUCCUGUCUGGGGCCUGAGCGUGUCGGACGGUCACACAUUGGGAUAUCCGCUCGACAGACCCGUGCACAGUUUCAACUUCACCGUGCCCAACUUCUACACGAAGGACGUGCUGGUUUACCACAGACAGGCCGAAGAGCUAAAUCUUACCGUGUAAAACAAUCUCUCUGCGAUCCUUCUUGACGGACAAUCACGUCCAUUUCUCGUUUGCUCGCGUCUCUCUACUUUCGGCCACAGUUUCAGACGAUGAUAUAUCUCGCAUACAUUCGAAUAUUUCCCGCUUACAGCUUACAUUCGUUACGUGCGAUCGCCAGAUUGACAGCCCGACUAGCUCGAAUAAGAGAAGCAAAGCGCGCACAGUAGUAACGUCGUCUUCUUGCGCCGUUGUGUUCUGUAUAAUACAUCUGGACUACACUUGAAAUAAAUUCUCCGAAACAUUUUGCGUCA